CUCGCAGAGGCCGCCAUGGGCCCCGCGCGCUGCCUCGCGCUGGGCAGCCUCCUCGCCCUGGCGGGGCUGCUGGAAGGCCGGCUCGUGGGCGAGGAGGAAGCCGGCUUUGGCGAAUGUGACCGGUUCUUCUACGCAGAGACCCCGCCUGCGGGACUGCCGGCCGAUGCCCACGUGAAGAUCUGUCAGCGCUCCGAGGGCGCCGAGCGCUUCGCCACCCUGUACAGCACCCGGGACCGCAUCCCCGUGUACUCGGCGUUCCGUGCCGCGCGCCUCGCGCCCGGCGGAGCCCAGCCCCGCUGGCUGGUGGAGCCGCAGAUUGAUGACCCCAGCAGCAAUCUUGAGGAGGUGGUUAAUGAGGAGGAUGCCAUCACUUCUGUGAACAAUCUGGGAAGCAGGCAAGCUUUGAAUACAGAUUACCUGGAUUCUGAUUACCAAAGAGGACAGCUGUACCCAUUCUCUCUUAGUAGUGAUUUCCCCACCACCUCAUUCACUCUCACAAAUGCAGCUCCAAUGACCCCGUCCUUCCAGGAACGGUGGUACAUGAAUCUCAACAGCUUAAUGGACCAGGCCCUGACCCCGCAGUGUGGCAAUGGGGAAGACCUAUAUAUCAUCACAGGCGCUGUGCCCUCAGACCGCAAAGUUAAAGACAGAGUGACUGUCCCUGAGUUUGUUUGGCUGGCGGCCUGUUGUGCUGUCCCUGGGGGAGGCUGGGCCAUGGGCUUUGUCAAGCACACUCGGGAAGGGGAUGUCAUAGAAGACGUGAUGGUGAAAGAUCUCGAGAAACUGCUUCCAUUUAACCCUCAGCUGUUCCAGAACAACUGUGGUGAAACUGAACAAGACACAGAGAAAAUGAAAAAAAUCCUGGAAAUGGUUAACCAAGUCCAGGAUGAAGAGCGAAUGGUACAAUCUAAAGAGGACUCAAUUCCCCUCUCCAGCACAAAGAGCAAGAAGUCUGCUCUGUUGCUUCCAGAGGCAGCUGAGGAAAGGAGUAGCUUUUUGGGAAAACUCAUGGGCUUCAUUGCUACCCCAUUCAUCAAGCUUUUCCAAUUAAUUUAUUACGUUGCAGUAGGAAUCCUGAAGAACAUUGUGUAUUUCCUGUGGUAUGUUACCAAGCAAGUGAUUAAUGGCAUGGAAAGUUGCCUUUACCGCCUGGGUUCAGCCACCAUCUCAUACUUCAUGGCCAUUGGGGAAGAGUUGGCGAGCAUUCCCUGGAAAGUACUCAAAGUCAUGGUCAAAAUCGUCAGGGCCAUUCUCCGGAUCCUUUGUUGUCUGUUGAAAGCCGUUUGCCGCAUUCUGGGCAUCCCUGUCCGAGUCUUUGUGGAUGUGGCCACUUUCCCAGUGUACACCAUGGGUGCAAUUCCAAUUGUGUGCAAGGACAUUGCAGUGGGCCUUGGUGGCACCAUCUCUUUGCUCUUUGACACUGCUCUUGGCACCAUGGGUGGCCUAUUUCAGCUUGUUUUUAGUGUCUUCAAGAAGAUUGGCUACAAGGUUACCAUUGCCAAUUCUGAUGAAUUAUAGAACUCAAACUGAGUGUCCAGUCACAGUGAAUUUGAUUUUUUUUUUUCAUAGAGAAAGCUGGAAUAUUUUGUCUUUACAAUGGGUUUUUGUUCACUGUCAAUUAUCAUUAUAACUUUGGCCUUUGGUGGGGGUGUCUGCAUGUUUUUGCAAAAGAAGGUGGUACAAUUUAGACUUGACCCAAGAGAAAUGUUCAGAGUGGGAUUAUGUUUAGGUCAUCUGCUGUGAUAUGGUCAAACUUUCAAGCCAUUCGAAUCUUCAGUUCUUCACUCUAAUGCAGAUGACCACCUGAGGUGCUCUGGUGUUUAUUUGUGCUAAUUAAGAUAUACAGAGGAGGGAAGCAUUAGAAAGAGGACAACUUUAAACCAAAGGGUUUCUGAGAAAAGGAGAAAGGAAUCAUGUUCCUCCUGUUAUUCUCUGAGACCUAAGGCAAAAUUGAUAUAAAUAUUCUUAGCCAAUUUGUUAUCAUUUGCUUCUCUUUCUCUACAAGUCAGCUGACCUUGGUCAGGUGCAGACAUGCUUCCCUGUUGAAAUAACUUUCUUAGGAUAUAGAACCUACUAUAUCCCUUAGCUUUCCAUGGCUCCCGAGGACCUGUAAGGUUUUUUUUUCCUUCAAAGUUGAAUUUUGCUCCAUUUUUCUUGUAGGUAUUGAUAAGCAUUUUAUGCCAAAUGUGGCAAAACAGAUUUUGAAUGCAAGGGCAAAGAUCGUUUGCCUCUUGAAUAGUGGAGUAUAGUCGUCUCAGGUAUAAAGAAGAGAGCACAAGGGACAGAGCCCUGCUCUGAGUAGGUGCUGUAGGUCUGAGGACAGCCUUAGCCAAGCUUGGAUUAACUUGACAUAUAUUAAAUCUCUGGCUGACAAGAUUGAGCUCCAAGACCUACAUGUUAAGCUAACAUGAAAAUUCAUAUGCUGCAACAUAUUAGAUCAGUCUUUCUUAUACAUCAAGCAAGUACCCAAUACAGUAAAACACUCUGACUUCUGUCCUUAAAUGAUUGUUUUGGUAUAAAUGUAUAGAAAAGAGCCACAAAAGAGAAACUAUUCUAGCCAUCUCAGAAAAGGGAAAAAAAUAUUCAUAUAUAUAUGUAUCAAAGUUUGUAUAUGUAUAAAUUUGAUUAAGAAACAACAUCCCUAAGGAAAUUAUUUUUAUAGUAUGUUUGAGGCUAGAAAACAUAACUCUCCCAUUAAUGCAAAUUUGAUUUGAGAGCUAAUCUCCAAUUUUUUUGGUCAAGCACUUGUCAUUUUACAUCUUGCACUAAAGAUGAUAAGAGGAGAAAGCAGAAUCUCCCAAACUUUGCUCUGCCUUCCACAGCUGAGAUGGAAUCAUCUGGAUUUUUCUGAGUGUUAUAACAAGUUGCUGUGAGGUAGAAAGGGGCCAAGUGUAAAAUAUUGAUCUUGGGGGUACAGGCCACCAAUUCAUCUAAAAGUUAGAUGCAAAAACUUGGGAUCCAGAAAGGCAAUAACGAGAGAAUGAUGGGUCAACUAUUUGCAUCAGGUUGGUGGAUGAAAAAUGUGAGUGUAGUGAGAGUUACAUUUUGCAUAAAAAUAAUUGAAUUGCUUGAAUUCCACCCAAAAUAGAAGAGUAGCCAGCAAGCUUCCAUCCUGAUCAGUUUGGGAUGCAGGGUUGGGGAGUAUGACACCAGACUGGUCCAUGAUAGGGACCUAUGCACUAGAUUUAUCUUAAGCAGUAUUUUACCAGCACUUCUGUUUGUGAGCAUAAAAAUCUGUAGUUGGGCUUCCCUUCAUUUCGGCAGUAUGAAGGUAUGUGGAAGGGUGAGGGUUUGCCUUGGUACUGAUGGGUCAAGAAUCCUGCUGAAUGAAAGAAAGGGAAUCUUAGAAGUGACCAGAGAGAUGGUCUGGCCAAACCCUCAUUUGAUGGGGAACCUGAGGCACAGGGAGGCAACAUGCUUGCCUUUGGUUUUGUUGCUAGCUGAUGGCAGAUCAGGAGCCAAGGUCUUUUGCACAUAUCCCAUCACCCCUGGCAUGUCAGAUAUGUGGUGUGUGUGCUACUAUUCAGCUGCCUUCCUGGACCAUGGCAGAGUUUUCUCCAUCAUUCAUCAAACAGACUCUAGGCCCUGCCUAAUCAAUUGGAUUCGGCCUAUGGGAUGAAACAGUUAGCCAUCCAUGCACAACAUCAUGGUUACUGCCCCCCAUGGAAUCUCUAGUCCCUCAUAGUCCAUUUUGCAUACUGGAAGGCCCAAAGAAGGCAUUCACGGCAGCUUGGGCCCCUUGGCACCGUGCAAGGAACAGGGCAUCCAAACUGCUUCUUGAGAGCUAUUCGGAAAUGUCUUCUUUUUCACUUCUAGUUGUUUAGUGUCUUAUUUAUUUAUUCUUGUGUGACUUUUUUUGAAGUCUGGGAAUUGAUGAUAAAGCAAAAAAUAUCCUUAAGGUUAGGUGGCUGGGACCCUCUGCUCUGGACCGCUAGUAUUAGCUGUGCCUCUGGUUGACUGGCACUGGCUGUGUUGGGCCUGAAGCUCCAGCAGGUGGCUGGAUUGCUGGCCUAUUCCCAAAGAGCUACUUUGGGCUUUGAGGUGGGAGUUUGUGUUGUUGAACACCAUCUCUGGCUUGAAGAUUUCUCUGUGGCUCCGUUAUGUUCUCAGGCCCUUGAGGAGGUCAGCCAACUCUUCAUUAUUAUGGAGAUGAUUUUCUGGUUUGUGGAUCAGCCAUGCCUUUGGACACUCCUCUUUUCCAUUGUGCCUUUUGAUCGUUGGCUUCUCCUCAACAUCAGCUCUCCCACCUAAAUGCAGACUAGGGGAUUGGGAAAAGGAACUAGGGUGAAGCACUUAUAUUCAUUCAGUCAUUCAGUCAUCUAUCAAACAUGUAUUUGAACAUCAGGGUUGCAGAGAUCAAGAAUACAUGGAUCCCAUCUUUGAGGAGUUCAAAAAUCUAGUAGGGAGAACAGAUGGUACAAUUGAUACAUGUAACCAUCAUUGUCAGUGCUGCAAUAAAGGUACUAGCAGCAUGCUUCCUGGAGCACAGGAGGAAAACCCACAAAACCAUGGGAAUUAGGGAAGCCUUUUCAGAGGGUGUGACAAAAGUCAAUUUGACAUUUUCAAGCUAUGUACAAUGCUGUGCACCUUGUAAUGCUCAAUAAAGUAAUUAUUGACAACUCA